CUUGUCUUUCUCCAAAGCAUAUUUUUUCCCAGCUUUUUCACCUCGCUAAUCUCACAGUAGUUUAAGCUUUAAUUUAAACUAGGCCCUAGUUGAACGGAACCUCCGCUCUGCAAGAAGCCGCAGCGUCCAUCCCAAGAUGCACGGCAACAGUCAGACGCGAGCACCGAACCCAAGACUCGGAGAGCAGACGAGCCAUGGCAGCAUCCAUGGCCGCCCCGCCGCUCUGGGCUCUCCCCUUCCUCCUCCUCCUCUGCGCCGCCUUCUCUUGCCACGCGGCGCACGGGAUGAGCGGCCACGGCAUCGGGGUCAACUACGGAAGGGUGGCAGACGACAUCCCGCCGCCGCGGCGCUCGGUGGAGCUGCUCCGCGCGGCGGGGGCCGGGUCGGUCAAGAUCUACGACGCCAACCCGGGCGUGCUCCGCGCGCUGGCGGGGACGCGCUUGCCCGUCUCCAUCAUGGUGCCCAACGAGAUCAUCCCGAACGUCGCCGCCGCCGCCGCCGCCGCGGACCGGUGGGUGGCGGAGAACCUCGUCCCCUACCUCCUGGAGACGCGGGUCAAGUUCCUCCUCGUGGGGAACGAGGUGCUCUCCGACACCUCCAUCGCGACCUCCACAUGGCCGCGCCUCGUCCCGGCGAUGGAGAACCUCCACCGGAGCCUCCGUGCGCGCGGCAUCAGCAGCGUCAAGAUCGGCACCACGCUCGCCAUGGACGCGCUCGCCGACGGGGCCUUCCCGCGCCCGCCGUCGGCCGCCGCGUUCCGCGCCGACAUUGCCGAGGCCGUCGUGCGCCCGCUGCUCCACUUCCUGAACGGGACCAACUCCUACUACUUCGUCGAUGCGUACCCCUACUUCGUCUGGUCCGGGAACAACCUCACCGUCCCGCUCGACUACGCGCUCUUCCAGGGCGGCGCCCGUUACGUCGACCCGGUCACCAGGCUGACCUACACCAACCUGCUCGACGAAAUGCUCGACGCGGUGGUCGUCGCGAUGGCGAAGCUCGGGUACGGGCACGUCAAGCUGGCCAUCGCGGAGACCGGAUGGCCCAACGGCUGCGACUACGACCAGAUAGGCGGCAACGUCCACAACGCCGCCAUCUACAACAGGAACCUCGCGAUACACAUGGCCAAGAACCCGGGCACACCGGCGCGGCCGGGCGCCAAGAUGCCGGUAUUCGUGUUCUCGCUGUACAACGAGGACCUCAAGGCGGGGCCGGGCACCGAGCGGCAUUGGGGGCUGUACUAUGCCAACGGCACUGCAGUCUACGAGAUCGACCUCACCGGACGGCGCCCGCUGUGGUCGUACCCGCCGCUGCCUGCGCCGGAGAACAACACGCCGUACAAGGGCCCGAUAUGGUGCGUGCUGUCGGCCGCCGCCAGCAAGAAGCUAAACGAGACGGCGGUGGGGAACGCGCUGGCGUACGCGUGCGGGCAGGGGAACGGGACGUGCGACGCCAUCCAGCCCGGCGGGAAGUGCUUCCUGCCAAACACGACGGCGGCGCACGCCAGCUACGCGUUCAACUCUUACUGGCAGCAGCUGAGGAAGAUUGGAGCUACGUGCUACUUCAAUAACCUUGCAGAGCAGACUAUAAAAAACCCAAGUAAUUUGUGUUCACACACCAUACAUUCUGAAAUUAAAAUUACUAGUCCAUUUAGAACUGAUUUGAGUGAUUAAUUCUAGAUCGGUAGUGCAGUUUGAUUCUGUGAUUUCGUGAACUAGUGAGUACAAUAGAUGGUAGUACAUUUUUGCCACUGUGCAUAAUAUUGUGAUAACCUGAUGAUUAGAGAUGGUACAUUUCAACCAUGGGAUUAUAUUGGAUUUUACGAAGGACCGAAUCUGAAGUCAUUGCCAUUUGCCAACUAGGAGAUUGAGACAAAUAAGAGACAACUGCUGAUCUGUGUGGAUUGCGAUUCAUCCAUUGACUAUUGUUAUGAUUGAUCUAUAAUAAUUAUUGCGGUUUGGACGUGCUUACCACUUCCAAAAAGUUAGUAGCGUGGAAGGUUUCAACUUUGUGUUCCUCAUGCUGAUUGAUUCUGUUAUAUGAGGAUUAUAAUAGCAAAUGUACUGUAAAUAAGAUGCUCUUUCCUUCUGUCAACUGAGUUGACCACCGCAUUAGGAUUUGAGGAAUCAUUAGUCGCAACAGAUAUCGAUCUUUAUGAAAUGCGGAUGAGAUUAUGUUGCUAAGAUUUUAUUAUUAGCAUUGUGGUUGACAAAAUAAAUGUAGAUCUCGAUUGGUUUGAAUAUUGUUUUAAGCAUGUGUAGAGUGGCUAUUGUUUUCUGACAGGUCUCAUCUUUUGAAUGAGAUAAACAGCAGAUGGAACUAGUGUUAAUUCUACAAAUUAGAACAUAAUGUCCUGGAUGUUAGAGCUAUUCUGCUUAUUUACUCGGGAUUUAGGGGUAUCUGGUACUUCAAUUUCAUUUAACAUACAACGAAGGCUCCUAAAUGGAUCAAAUUCUGAAGUCCGAACCAUGUCGAUUGUUCACUAUACUACUGGUU